AUGGGUCAGACUUUGUCAGAGCCCAUCACCGAGAAGCAUUCGUCCUCCGGCGAAGAUGACACCCUGGUCUAUGCAGUCUCUGAGAUGCAAGGCUGGCGCAUCAGUAUGGAGGACGCGCAUGCCACCAUCCUGAACCUGGAUGGCAAGACCGGCGACGAGAAGGCGAGCUUCUUUGCCGUCUACGACGGCCAUGGCGGCAAGACGGUGGCCAACUUCACCGGAGAGACGCUCCACAAGCGACUGGCCGAAACCGAGGCUUACAAGAAGGGCGACUACCCUGCAGCUCUGAAGCGGGCAUUUCUCCAGACGGAUGAGGAUUUCCUCGGAGAUGACAGCUGGAAGCACGACCCGUCCGGAUGCACAGCUGUUGCGGCCCUACUGGUCGCCGGUCCCAAGAACGACGAUCCAUCCGCAAAGGCUGCGCGGCAGAUUAUCGUGGCCAAUGCCGGCGAUUCGCGCUGCGUGCUAGGCGUCAAGGGCGAGGCAAAGGCUCUGAGUCAUGAUCACAAGCCAACGGACGAACGUGAGCACUCGAGGAUCCUCUCUGCGGGCGGAUACGUCGAGAUGGAGAGGGUCAACGGCAACCUCGCCUUGAGCCGCGCCAUCGGCGACUUUGAGUACAAGCAGUGCAGCUUCCUCGGGCCCGAGCACCAGAUCGUCACGGCCGACCCGGAGAUCAUCACGCACGACAUCAACGGCGAGGAAGAGUUCCUGGUGCUCGCCUGCGAUGGCAUCUGGGACUGCAUGAGCAACCAGACGGUGGUCGACUUUGUGCGCCGCGGCGUGGCUGAGGGCAAGGAGCUGCAGACCAUCUGCGAAGAGAUGAUGGAGUUCUGCCUCGCACCCCACACCGAGUCGGUCGGUUGCGACAACAUGACGGUGUGCAUCAUCGCGCUGCUGGGAGGCCGGACAAAGGACGAAUGGCGCCAGUGGGUCAAGGAGCGGGUGGACAACAAGAUCGGCUGGGAGACGCCCGAGACGCUGCGGUCGCCAUUCCAGUACUACUACGAGAUGCACCCGGACAAGAAGCCGGGCUCUGCGGGCGCGGGAAGCGGCGGCGGCGGCGGCGGCCGGAUGGACCCUCGGGCGAGGCUGCUUGGCGGCUUGGCGGGCGCGUUGGGAGGGGCGGGGAUCGUCUUCCGACCUGGGACGGGUACCGACGACGACGGGGGCAUCACGUACGAGGCCUACGUCUCACCCGACGACUCGAGCGACGGCGGCUCCGAGACGGACGAGGCGGGCAAGACGGAAAAGGUGCAGGAGCUCGAGGACGAGGGCAAGGCCGAAGCUGAGCGGCGCGGGGCCGAGGGCGAGGGCGAGGAGCGGCCGGAGCUGCAGCACCAGCCGGAGAUUGUCGAGUCUCCGCGCGAGGUGGCCAAGGCAAGCGAGAGCGGCAGCGAUGCGGUCAAGGUGGCGGUCAAGCCGAGUCAGGAGGGGUCGCAGGCCGACGCCAUGGACGAGGACAAGGACAAGGCGGCAGACUCGUCGAGCGCCUAG